CUAUACCAACGCCAACUUGUCCUUGUCCCCUUCCUGACGUAACCUUGACCUGUAGAACGCGAUUGAUGGACAGCAACGCCAGCCUAUUCCGCAUAUUCAGGUCCCUCAAACAAAGAAGUUGGCGUCCCAUGGUUUUGCCGACGAUGUUCUCUUUGGCGGCAUCUCGAUCCAAUCGCUACGACCGGAAGAUGCCCAGAAAGCGUUGGCGGCGACGGCAAACGCCCUGAAAGAGUGGAUGCAGCGCCAGCCAGGGUACUCUGAGAGCAUGCUGCACACUGCCAUCCAAGUCGCGGCCAAGAAGAUCGAAGCGCUGAUUCCGACACAACCGUCAUCGUCGCUCCAGCCACCAACUUAUUCCAUCCUGACGUCCGAGUCGACUGAGAGUGAACCCCCAAUGACUGCCCACACACCAGACAAGCAGGUCGUAACCAGUGUAGGGAACGACACGGCGGAACCGAUCAAGGACCACCCACGCACGGGAACGUUGCGAGAAUUUUCCGACGACGACGUGAUGGCGUUCAUGUUGCUGUCGCGCGAAGAAAAGAGUCUCCUCCUUGAAUUCGACACGGCCCGCACCCGGCGGUUGAUCAAAGCGCAAGGUCAAUUCCUUCGAGGUUACAAGUACACGACGAAGGACUCCAACGGCCAAGAGCAUGGCACACUAAAGCUUGUGGACAAGGCGCUUCAAGACGCCACCCAAGCCCUCAAACAACGGCUGCACGACGCCAUGUCCCAACAAGCGGCCGACACUCGCUUUGGCCACGACAACUCGAAGCCGUAGACCAACCAUUUGAAAACCAGACUACGGUAAAGACGUUAUAUGUAUAAUAAAUAUAUACCAUUCCGGUAGUGCGAA